UCGCAUUGUAGCUAACAUCAAGAACAAGAUGCAGUCCUUGGUGUUGUAUGCGGUGGUGUUGGUUGCCGGGGUCUCAGCUGUCACUCCAGCAGCUGGUCCUCAGGUUUCACCUUGGAUUGACACUUCAUUGUGCGACCUCUCCGACUCCCUGAUGGUGUGCCAGCUGAAGAAGGGCCAGUGCUCGCCCGUGAGCGCUGUGUUCUCCCCCAAGGGCGGCCCCGUCAAGGCCAUCACCGACUGCGCCAACACCACCGGCGUCGUCCUCGGCCCGCAAUUCUACCUUAACAUCGGUCUGGCGUUCGUGUCGGGCAGCCCUGAGAGCUUAGCCGACAAGACUUCAGCGGACCCUGCCACCGUCACCGCCAUCCGCCGCUGCGCCCUCAACGCCACGGGUUUGCUGAAAGCCGACAUGAUGACCCUGAACCGCACCGCCAUCGCAGCCUCCCUCUCCUCCGCCUUCAGCCACCCCGCCCUGGGCGCCGCCGUCGCCUCCGCCGUUGCCUCGUGUCCUGAACCCGUCGACUACAAGAUCACCGACUUCAUCACCUGCCUCAGGAGCGCCUGCAUGAAUAGCGCUUCCGCCACGUCGCUCCUGAAGACGGCUUCUAAGAUGGUGAAGAACAUGACGGCUGCUCCUCCGACAGAGGCUCCUGCUUCAGCCUAGGUGUUCCUCUUUGGCGUCCUUAUCCCUCGAACUAUCAACUGUCCUCACUCGUCGUCUAUAUAGCCUUAUACUUAUCUAUUUUAUCUGUCUGUCUACGUUCCUAUAAAAAGAACAUGCGUCCCCGGCGUUCUUUCCUCGUCAGGCGCGUCGCAGUCAAUAACAAAGAAUUAUUCUGUACUCAAGGGGUAUUUGUUCCUUUUUCGAUAAUACGAUAAAAAAUGAUAGCCAUUGUCAGUGGAAAAUAUUGCUAUCCCGCAC